CAGUAGAUAUCAGGCAGCAUUGCGUUCUUCAGAAAUCUCUAUCCAAUGGAUUUUCCUAAUAAUAUUCAAACAUGAAUUCCUUUUGUUUUAUGGCACAUUGUAAACUUUAAGAAGCAUUGCUACCUACAGUAGAUAAAAUCCCAUUCUAUCUACAGUUCUCAAAUGGAUUAUCAUAUUUGGAUGUUAACAAGCCUUUGUUAUAAAUAUGCAGCCUGCAUCUUGCCUGCUUGCUAUCUCUGUCUCUGAGAAAUAUCCAGUGUUUUGAGGGAAAUAUAGAGAACAGACCCUGGCUGAUCUUUUUCUGUUGUAAUUCUGGUAGUCUUAUAGUAUACUACAUUCAGAUUCCUUAAUGGGGUAUAGAAAUGGCCAAAUUAUAAUACAGCACAAUAGGCUUCAAUGUCAACAUUUUAAUACAAUCAUGUGAAGCAAAUAAGUUUAAUUAGAUAACCCCCUUCAAAUGAAUAGCGUGUAUUCCCUGUUCAACUUGUUUGCCCGGUGGCAGAUUUGGUGGCACAGUUAGUUUGCUAAUUUUAUACUAGAGGGCCAUCUUCUGCAUGACAGUGCUCAAUUUUAUUGUGUUAUUUUAACUUUUUUGAAGUACUGCUUGGACAAAUAUGGCUCACUGUUUGACCAGUAUUUUUUUUUAUGAUGUAUGAAUUUUGCAUUAUAUGUAGGGCUAUAUUGUGCCAAUGGCAAAGUGCAAUGGACCCACAUGUUAAAUUGUAAUUAGUAAUAAUUAAUUAGCAAUGAUUUUUAACAGACAACUCAAAAGAAAACAAGUUAGCGUGUGAUAAAAUAAAUGCACUUCUAUGAAAAAGAGUGGCUAAAAUGCUGAACUGUGAGUGUAAGGUGUGCAGUCACAAAUGCCUAUUAUCAAACACCAUUAGAGCUGUGAAAAUGUGAGGAUCACUACAAAUACAGGUUAAGCCAGACAUACUUAUUAAAAGGCGUGUUGUCCUGUAUCAUAUAUAUAGGCCUAUUUGUGAACUACCAUGCACAAUUCACAGUAACAUCGAUGCUAACAAUUUAAUGAUGAUUAAAUGGUGAUGUCUUCCAUUUGAAAUGCUAAUCUCCCUUUCCUACUUACUACUUAUAGCAUUUUUCAACUGUAACCUUAAAUAAUCAUAUAUAAUCUGUUAUUUGUGUUUAUAUGAAAAGGUCAAUUUUAAACCAUUAUUUAUGCAAUCAAACAUUCAUAUUGGUAUCGCAAAAAAAAGCAUUUGAAUACAUCGAAACUGGUUAUUGUGCUAAUAUGACUGCCUCAAAAAGCAUGCCAGUGACAAUAUAUUAUAAGAGCUGUACAAACUGGUUUUUACUUUCAACUCAAAGGCAAGUGGAAAGGUAAGCCAGGGUAAAUCACUCUGAUGACUAUGAUAUGAAAUGCCUAAGCCUUAGCACAUUUAUGAAGAUACUUGGCAAACUAUAUGUCUGUCUGUAUGAGGAGCUUUAGAUAAAUUGUUCAUAACAUUCCUAAGUCUGAAUUCCUAAUUCUCAAGUAGAUUUUCUGAUAUAGUAGCAUUAACUGACUGGCGAGCUUGUGUAAAUAUUAUGCUAUUGAACAAUAAAAUUGGAUUAAUUUGAAGCUGUCUAGAGACUAACGUAUUAUGUGAAUACUUCAAGGAACUUCCGUGAAAUGUCAGAUGACUUAAGUCUUUUGGAUGUUGACAUUUAGGAUACUUCCAAACUAUGGUAAAUUCGUGUGUUGAUUAUUCAAGUCUUGUGUUGAGCGAAGGGGGGGGUAGCCGCUCAUUUCCUGAAAUGAGGUAGACCAGGCCAGAGUAGCCGAACGCAGAGGCCUUCCCUAUUCCCCUUUGUGUGUGUUUAUAUUUUUAAAUUCUUAUAGAGGGAAAAUUAGUACAAAUAUCUAAAGUGUAGGACCAAAGAAGAAAUAAUGUAUGCUUUCGUGAGGUUCUUGGAUGACGAUAUGUGCUACGCUCUGCCGGUUUCCAGUGUGAAAGAAUUUAGACCUCUGCACAAAACAGAUUUUGAUAAUCAGAAGGUGUAUCUGGUUCACAGAACUGAAGAGAAUGGUACAGGCCAGCCUGGCAAAGCACAGAUCCUUGCUCUUGCAGAAACCAUAGAAGAGUUUGAGUACAGUAUUAUGCAAAAGAAGAUGAAAAUCCCCAAACUGUCCACUAAAGGUGUGGGUAAUUCAGUUGAGAACCACUUUGGGGAGGAACGACUGCCACUCAGACAUAAAAAGGCCCAAGUGCAAGACCACAGUCGCCCCAGCACCAACUCCUCCAAGAGCCUGGCGGCGGUGGUGGCGCGGCUGGAGCGCAACGCCGUCAGCCUGUGCGUCGAGGGGGACGACGACCUGGCCGAGGAGGAGGAGGAGGAAGAGGAGGAGGAGGAGGAGGAGGAGGGGGACUCGGGCACGGAGGAGGCGGUGGUGCCCCGCGUGCUGUACGAGGAGCUGGUGCACAGCUACCGGCAGCAGGAGGAGGAGAUGAGGCGGCUGCAGCAGGAGCUGGAGCGGACGCGGAGGCAGCUGGUGCAGCAGGCCAAGAAGCUGAAGGAGUACAGCAGCCUCCUGACGGAGGUGAAGGAGCUGCGCGACUUCAACAGGAGGCUGCAGGACGUCCUGCUCAUGAGGCUCGGCAGCGAACCUAUGCACGACAAUGGCACCCAGACAAUCAAGGCAGAAGUGGUGGAGCCCAUUAUCGAGCCACAGGAAGUGUGCAGAGAGGAGGCAAACACCAGCUCCAGCCACUCGCCCUCCCCGAGAACUGUGUACACUUUUACAGAUGGCAAGGUGCACCUCGGCGGGGGCAUCUGGGUGGAGGAGGAGAAGUGGCACCAGCUGCAGCGCACGCAGGGCGACUCCAAGUUCACCAAAAACCUGGCCGUCAUGAUCUGGGGCACGGAGACGCUCAAGAACAGGAGCGUCACGGGCGUGGCCACCAAAAAGAAGAAAGACGCCCUGCCUAAACCGCCCCUCUCCCCCAGCAAACUCAAAAUCGUCAGAGAAUGUCUGUAUGACAGAGUAUCCCAAGAAACGGCGGACAGCGCUGAGAUCACACAAAGAUUGUCCAAAGUGAACAAAUACAUAUGUGAAAAGAUAAUGGAUAUCAACAAGUCCAUCAAGAACGAGGAGAGGCGGGAGUCCAAGCUGCUCAUUAGACAGACGGUCAAGAUGGAAAAUUUCAGCUACGAUGGCAUGUAGUGAUUAAAAGUUGUCACCAUAGCUCAUUCUGCUCUUCUUGGACUGCCAAAAAAAGGAAGAGGGUGGACAGGAUCAUCACUGCUGCCAUUUGAGAUUUUUCACUGGAAGGCCCAGAUGAGGCCUUUUCGACUUCUCAAACAAACUGCUGCGUGUCAGACAGCUUUACCACUCCGUGAACGUAGUCAGCGGUCGAUAUGAGUCAUAUGAGAAAUUGAGUGGAGUUUAUUUUUUAUAAGUUUUGGGGUGAGGGCUGGGGAUGGGAAGGGGGGUGGGGCAGGUGUGUGUAAGUCAGGAAAGAUCCUUUCCAUCUUGGUGUGAAAGAAUAUGGUGGUCCGAAAAACAGCUGUUCUGUGUCAGAACUUGGCAUCGUGUCCUAACGCGUUGUAUAGAAGAGCAAGAAUAUACCUUCAGAUAAAAGUUUUCUAAUUUUAGGAAGACUUGGUAAGAGAAUUGACUCUGGACAGUAUACGGCGUUUAGAGGAUGCAGUUUUAUAGAGUGCCACCCGUGUGCGAGGUCUGUUUUGAGUACGGCUGGUACUUUUCGCAGUGACUUGGAGACGCACUUUUUCAACAGGGGUUUUAACUCUGUAUGUCUUAAUGGCUGGAGACCAUAACCUCUGCUGUUGAUAUCCCGUUGUCCUGAAUAUUGAUGCUCGUUUUAAUAGGGAUUAUCAUUAGUCUAAUUAGGUAAGGGGGAAUUGGUCCUAGUUUUAUGGGGCUGUAACCAGGCACCCCUGGUUUACUCUUGUGUAUUUUGUCUCUAUUUUCUCUAGAGCAGCACUUAGCACUUGCUCUUGUAAUAAUUUAAUGCAGAAACCCCUCUGUACACCCCAGAUAUUUCAGUAUGCAAGGUAGGAGUGCUGCAGGUCCUGAUGUAAGAUUGUCUAUGCUGGCGUUUCAGUAGAGUCAGGGAUGCAUACACGUUUCGAACUGUGAAUUUAGCAAUGUGAGGAAAAAAUGAGAAUUUUUUCUUUUAGAUACAACUGUGAACACAUCCUUUUUCUGCUCAUCCAUGUCCUCAACAGGACAUUGAUGAGGGGGCCCCUCCAAAGUUGGCAAACGGCAAUGACGUAACAAAGAUGCGUGCACAUUUUGGCAACAGGAAGCAAGCUGAGGGACUGCGAAGCAGCUAACCUUUCAAGAUCGCAAGUUAUCUUAGUAAACCUUCCCUACCAACCGAUGAAAAUAUUCCAGAUCCCUAUAGUAUAACUAGAUGAUGGGGUGUUGCCAUAUCACGUUUACUGGGACACGACGAGUUCGGAUGUGUCUAGAUGAAAUGGGAUCUUAGCCCACUUUCUGGGCAGUCGUAAAAUUGAAUUAAUACGGCACAUAUAUACAUAAAACUGUGUGGCUAGCUCAGGGUUGAUGUAACAAAUUUUUCGAAGAUAUUCAAUGUAAAUCAGCUGUUCUUGAUCGUACCUUUCAACUUCUGCAAUGUUGAUAUUGAUUUUUUUAAGCUGACUGCCACAUCACUGGUAUCAACGCUAAGUAGCGUUGCCAGAUGGAAAGUACAGCAAUAUCACAUUGAGACUUUAAAAUGAUCAUAUUUUACCGCAAACUAUCAUACGUAAAGAAAUGACCAGGAACCGUAGAUGUUUGCCUUCUCUGACAGUGGGAAACUUAACGAUUGUGGACCUGGACAAAAUACAGAGGGCCGUUUUUAUAAGCAUGGCAGUGUUGAUUGUACCUGGAAAAAAAAAACAUAAAGAUAAAUAAUAUUCAUGUUUUUCUACCACUGAUAUCCUAAAGUUCCCUCCACAAGUUAACGGCAUCCAAAGUGAAGAUACUGUCACUGUUGUUUUAAACUUUAUUUUCAGGGAUGUGAGUGCUUGGGACCUGUUCCCCAGCUGAGCUUUAAGUCUAGCAACACCUCCAGUAGAGGAUGUCUCAAAAUGGUUCCCUGAUUAGUGGCCAGGCAUAUACAUGUAUUUGGUUGAGAAACCUAACAUGCACACAUAUACUGCCAUAAAAGCAACAGUUGACAUUUAUUUAUGUCAUUGUAUUUCAGUAGUUAAGAAAAAGAUUGUGUGAACCUACUCCCUCCCUGUCACACCGGUUUCCAUGAAGACAAAGCAGUACUUCCGUUGCCAAAAUGCGUGCGCAUGUUUUUAAUGACGUAGGUUAUGAAAGGGUAUUAUAGUGUAGUGCAUACAUUUUGCAGGGCCUUAUUUUUUUUUUAAAAACAAUCACAGAGGGUUGCGCUGUCUGUUCUGUAAGUAAGCUGUGAUUGUAAUGUAAGCUGAUAUUGCUUAAGCUGCACUUUGGUGUUUGCACGUCAAGUGUUUCCGGGUUCUGCGUUUAAGUGCGUGUAAAGCUGUCAACGCCAGUGGGGCUUUGAUGCCCUGUUCCCCCUUCCAGGCCUAAAAAACGGCAGAAUUCCUGGCCUCCUCCAAACCUCUCCUGUCAGGCACACCAGUGGGAAUGAAAUAAGGUAUAGUGACAACUUCCAGCGAGACAUGCCAUCAGAACUUUACUCAAGUGUUUUCUGUUUAUUUUUUCCCCAAAAGGUUUGUGUGGCCAUCUGCAAUAGAGAACUAAAUGCUGCAGAUUGAAUUCUCAACUGUGACCAUGUUUCUAACUGUGAUUCACCUGCAGGCCUGCCCUUCAAGCAGAAAAGCUAUCGCUCCUCGAGAUUUCCCUUUGUUCUGUUUUCGUAUUUGAUCCACCUCCUGUUAAGCUAUCAUUUUUCCAGGUUGUUUUUGGAGUAUGUCAUUCUUUUUUUUUUUUUUUCCCUCUCAAAACAAGAACAUUUUAGAAUUUUAGUCCAGGUUGCACCACACCUUGUUCAGCUCCUGGUCUGCGUAUUACUGCUAACUUUUGUAAUUUCACCUUUGCUAAGCUCAUUUAUUUUUAUUUUGUGUUUUAUAGCUCCCUUGUUGGUUUUAUGCUUUUUCAUGCAUAGAAAUAUAGAUAUUAUGUCUCUGUACUGAGAGAAAAACAGUAACCCUUCUUCAUUGUGACAAUUAACCAAUAGCACAUAAGGAAACCCAUAACUUUAAUUGAUACUGUUUAUACUUGGGCUUUAUACCUGUGCUUAUGGACAGUUGUGAAGUAUAAGUCCAAACCAUUCUGUUUUCUUCACUAUCUUUAAAGGUACACUCUACGUACCUAGAAUGAAUGGUAUCUUAUAUACUGGGUUGAAUACUUCAAUUGAGCCAUUCACCUCCUAAGGUCAGUGUUUUAAACCCAGUUUGUGAGAUCUGGUGAAUACACAACUUUGUAUAUCAUAUCAUUUUCUGAUAUUUGUGGCCAAGUUAUGGCUUUCCUGAAGGCGCAGUCCUUUAAGAUCUGUGAGAUCCCUGGACUGUUUGCCAUUUUAAACACCACCACUUUUUGCGUUUAGUAUGUCUCAUCUACGCAACAUUUUCAAAUUGAAUUUGUGAUUUUUCACCUAUUCAAACAGAUCCUCUAUAUAGAGGUCCUCCAUUUUACGUUUAGAACACAGCUUACCUCUUACAGGAAACAAUACGAUCAAACUACACAGACAAAAAUGCUAUGGUUGUACUCAAGUGAUUUAGCUUAAAUUGUAUUGUUUUAUGUGAAUUGUAUAUCCAGCUGUUUGGAUGAUGCUUUAAAGUGAAAGUCACGGAUAGGUGAGAACACUGGGAGAUGAGAAGCCAAAGGAAACUCAUUUGUUUCAUCACAAAUGGAUCUCCCGUUAUGUUCAAGUAAAUGUUCUAAUCUGUUUUACAGUGCAGUAGCUAUACAUGCGCGCUUGAACCAUGUGUACCUGGUAUGUGAGGAGUGUCAUAAGACGUGAACAGCGUGCGAGAAGAACAUAAGCGUGCUUUUAAUUCAUUCCACACUCGGUCUUCUCCAGUAGCUUUGACGUUAAUGUAAUUAACAGGGCUCGCCAACUGGAUGCAACUCCAGAUAUUUUAUUCAUAUUUAAGACCCACAAAGUCUUUGAAACCUGAGAGCGAGUUGUCAUUUCACCUCCAUAACUCAACGGAAAUCAUGUUCUCAGCCUUUUCAACAUUGACGCUAUUCUGAAGAACCGAGUAUUGGUGAUCUUCACGGUGGACAAAUGUUGGACCCCUUUUGUGCAACUGGAUAGUUUGUGUCCCGUAAUGGCUGUUGAGUUGGGGUGAGAAGCUCCACCCCUCAGGGGUUUGGCAUGUUCCUUCUGGAUACAUGGAUAGCACCUUUUCAAAGCAUUGAGACCAGAGGAAAUGGACGAUUCCGCUUUAAGUCCGAUCACCACUGCGCACUGUAACAUCUUUAAUCACCUGUGGUGAUUUAUUGACCAGGUGCUCGUGGGACCAGAGAUUUUCACCCUUGCUGAAGUGUGUAUUUUUACUGUGCACUGCUUCUUGUUAACAGGGUGCUUUAUGGAGGUAAAUAAAGAUGCUAAGCCAAAGUAUGGGAUAAUGACACUCACCAUUUGGGAGAAAACUAAUGGUAAAUUUGCUGGAAUUGAACUUGCACAAAAUUACCCCUGCAGAGUGCAGGGGUGUUCAUCUAAUACUCUAUAGCUGCCACAGAGGAUAAAGAUAUUUCCUGUGUUUUAAUUGUUUUUUGUUGUGGUUGCUAUCAUGCAAUAAUUUGCAUCGGAAUCUACAGGGCCCUGGAGGGUAAUGUUUGUGGUACCAUAUGUCUGCUACAUCAAGGUUUAUGGUAGCCAUGAAUGCACUUCUGUUGUGUGGACCCUGGAGCUUUCCUUUAAAUCAUGGUGUUGGGUUUUUGUUUACUUGUUUACUUUUUCGCUUUAUUUCCUGAUGCCAAAAUGGAAGGGGAGGAGUGGAAUUGCUCUAUGUGCAGUUAGAUAUAUUUGUAUACUUGUAUACAGCUGUGAUGAAGAGAUGUUAGACCUCAUCCGCUUAGCUGCAGAACUGCUCAGUUACAGACUACAAACCACAAGCUGAGGACCAGUCUAAGUGUCUCAAUGCCACAGCAAACUGCCCAGUGCUCCUACCACGAAAUCCCACUUAGGCUGUGAUGUCGCUUCCUUCAGUUUAUCGCCUGCAGAAAAUUUUAGUCAAGUGUGGUAUAGUUGUCAUUUGCCUUACUGCUUUAGAGAAUCAGAUCCAUUUUAUGUUAUGCACCUUGUGUAAAGUGUGAAAGGACACUCAAAGUGUCUAUUCUCAGACUGUUUGUUGCUUUAAGGCAGACAGAUUGGUCAAAUCUUGUGAAAUCAUUUGCAGUUUUACAUAUGUUAUCAGUGAAAACUUUAGCUUCACCAUCCUACCUCAUUGCUCUACUUGUAUGUGCAUACAUUUUAAAAGCUUAUGAAACGAUUAGAAACGUUAGUGCUCCUUAACACUGAGGAACCAGUAGCAUGUACAUAGGCAACUUCAAGCUAAAGUAACAUAAGAAAGGAUUUUUCUUAACUUCAUGAAAAAGAUGCCAUUGUUAGGGAUGUUAAGUAAUGUCAUUCCUUCCUACAUUUGCUUUAUCAAUGUUCUAAAUAUAGCCAAUUAGAAAAAAAACUAAUAGAUAUAACUAGCUCUGGUCAUUACCAAUUUUUUAUUUUAUUUUUUUAAGUUGUUGAUGGUGCUAUGAGCAAAUGUGGUGACACUGUAUCUCUUACCUCCAGUGGUGCUAGCUUUUUCUAACAAUCAUUUCAUUUUCUUUCAACUGUUCAGUUGAUCUGUCCUGAAAAUGUUAUCCGAUGAGGUUUUUGCCCGUAGUAGAAUGCAGAUUUUGAGGUGGAGCCUUUCACCAUUAUUCGUAACCACAGAAAAGGCAAGCCUGAUUGUUUUCUGUCCGUUUAGAAGGAAAUCUGGACUUAAAUCCAUGGAUCGUGUCAGUCCAUUAUUGUUGGAUCAUUGUUUCAUGGUUUCCUUGGAAAAAGUCCACUAGUUGACGUAUGUGUAGUUGAGAUGCUAAUGUUAAUUCAAUUAGGUAAAUAUUUAGUACGACAACCCUUUAUCACACCAUGUCAGCCAAAGUGUAUAAAGAGAAAUUGUUGUACGAUAGACUUCAGAGUUCAUUGUUCAUAGCUUUAUGGACGUUGUGAGUGUAGGCACAUUAAUCAGAAUACAAUGGCCACAUACUGCAGCGCUCAUUUGUCAGUUAAAUUAACAGUUGCACUUAGGCCUGGUCUGUAAUGCACAUUUCCUUAUGGGCAGUCAGUGUACAUUAACACGGUCCUCAGCACGCACGGUUGAUUGUCUGAAUUUGUUCAGUGCAGUGUUAAUGCUAGACAGAAAGAUGGUUACCAUGAUUACCUAUAUGUAAUUUGCUGAGAGGUUAGGUCAUGGAUUUGUGAUGACCUGCUGUCAGAGCUGUGCUCCUAUUGGACCGAGGGGAGAUGUGAAUGCAGUAGAGAAGUGGCUCAGACUGAGGGAAUGAAUUGUCUUCUCAUUUAUGAUGCCUGAAAAGAAGCGUCUGUUCAUGAGGACUUUGUUGAUUAAGGGAAAUCAUAUGGAGUGCAUCGUGAAUAUUUUCUUUUGCCCCUAAAAUUAUAUUAUAUUUUUAUUUGGAGUAUUACAUCAUCAAUUGUAAAUUAUCUCCCAUUUAUUUGAACUUUUACAUCCGUUUUAUUUUUCCUGCUGCUGACCAGUUUAAUCUAAAUUUAUAUUUAAGAAAUAUAUAUAUAUACAUAUAUAUAUACAUUUUAAGAGAUCCAUUGGUGAAAAAUGUUUUGAAGUGUGGUUCCCAAUGUCAAAUGGUGAUUGGAUGGACGCAUGGGGUCACAGGGAUGAACUAUUUUCUCAGGUCAUUCCUGUGAAUGCUGUGGUCCAGAGAAGGCUUCAGAAUGAAGCAGAGGAUGGAGAGUUCUCCAUCUCAUUAUUGGGGCCUUGUUCUGGUUUGGGUUAAAACGGGAGAUACGUGGUGUCCCAGGAACCAGCAGGAUAUGGCAGGAGACACUGAGCCAGUCUAUCUGUUUGGCACUUACCUGGAGCAAUCUUAUUGAAAGAAGAAAACUGUCCUGGCAAUUGUCACAGUUCUGCUGUGUGACUGAAUUUGCCUCUUAGCAUCAUUUUCUGUGUGUUUGCUGCAGUCCAGGUACUCCUGUUAAAUGUACAGAUCUAAAGAAUAAAUGCAGACUUUUAUUCUAAGAAAAGAA